AUGGUUUAUACAAGGGCUUUGUCUCAGAACUACUUGACUGGUCCGUUGCCAGCCUUUAUUGGGAAUAUGACUGAGUUGCAAUCCUUGUCUGUUGGUGCAAAUGCAUUAUCAGGGACCAUUCCAAAGGAGCUUGGAAAGCUUCAAAACCUCAGCAUUUUGGGCAUAGGUAACAAUAACUUCCAUGGUUCACUCCCCUCUGAGCUUGGGAACUUGACCAAUCUUCAGACAUUGUUCGUAGAUAGUUGUGGAGUAGGUGGUGAAUUCCCAUUGACCGUAUCAAGUCUCAAGAAGUUGCAGAUUUUGUUGGCAUCAGACAAUAAUUUCACUGGCAAAAUACCAGACUUUAGCGAGACAAAGUUAUUUCAGUUAUGGUUAGGCGACAUAUCAAAUGGAAGCUCAACUUUAGCAUUUAUUAGUAAUUUAACAUCCUUAGAGACCUUAGUCUUGAGGAAUACCAGGAUAUCUGAUACUAUUCCACCAAACUUUUCCCGCUACACUAAUUUGCGGAUAUUAGAUCUAUCAUAUAAUCAACUAUCAGGAAGCUUUCCUUCUUGGGUUACCGAACAAAAUUUGGAAUUGAACUUGGUGGCCAACAACUUUGUGCUUGAUAGUUCUAAUAACAGUGUUCUGCCUUUAGGAUUGAAUUGCCUUCAGCAAGAUAUACCUUGCAAUCGUGGAUCACCAAUUUAUUCUUCCUUUGCCAUAACGUGUGGUGGUUAUAAACCCAUAACAUCCUCUGAUGGAACUGUGUAUGAAAUAGACAGCAAAUCUUUCAAAUCGGCAUCUUAUUAUGUGACCGACCAAAAGAAAUGGGCAGUUAGCAGUGUUGGAAUUUUUGUGGACAACCCAAAUGCUGAUGAUUAUAUACUGAGGAGUACAUCUCAGUUCUCAAACACUCGAGAACCAGAGCUGUACCAGACUGCAAGGAUGUCUCCAUCAUCAUUAAGAUACUAUGGUCUUGGGCUUGAGAAUGGAAACUACACUAUAAAGUUGCAUUUUGCCGAGACAAAAUUCCUUGAUCCACCUAAUUGGACAAGUGUUGGGAGGAGGGUUUUUGACAUCUACAUACAGGGUAAUCUAAAGGAGAAGGACUUUGAUAUUAGAAAGGAAGCCGGGGAGAAAUCCUUUAGAGCCAUCGUGAAAGAGUUCACUGCACCAGUGACAAAUAACUUUCUGGAAAUUCAUUUCUUUUGGUCUGGAAAGGGUACCGGCUAUAUGCCCCCUCCAGCCUAUUAUGGCCCAUCCAUAUCAGCUAUCAGUGUAUAUCCUUUCGACUUUAUCCCUACUGUCAGCAAUAAACCGCCAUCGACUGAUUCAACAAAUAAGAGGACAGGUCUGGUCGUUGGCAUUGCAGCUGGUGCUGUGGCAUUAGUCCUAUUUACUCUUCUUGUCAUGUUUAUACGUAGACAGAGGAGAAGAUUAGGCAAGGAUGAUGAUGAAGAUCUGUUCGAAAUUAGUACCAGACCAAAUACUUUCACCUAUAUGGAACUGAAAUCUGCUACAGAUAAUUUCUGUCCUAGUAAUAAGCUAGGAGAGGGUGGAUUUGGUCGCGUGUUUAAG